AGUCGUGGCCAGCACAGGGGCCGGCACCAGGGGGUAAUCGAGGCUGCUGUCAGGAUGCUGGCAUCCCAGCUGUUGAGGAGGACGGCGCCGGCGCCGCGGCUCCUCCUCCGGCUUGUUAGGUCCUCGUCGCUUCAGAGCCUCGGAGGGGCCUCCAGGCGGAGCGUAACCACCGGAGACUGCGGGGAGCCUCAGUGGCCGAGAGCGUCCGCCGGGGGGCGCCCUUUAACAUUGUCAGCUUUGCUCCCCGGACUCGGGGCACCCCCCUCGGGGCCCCUGGGAGGACGCUCCGAGACCCAGUGCCUGGCUGCCGCCACGUGGGGACGCCUUCCUAUUCCUGAAGAAAUACUCACGGGACAGGACAGCUGGAAUGGGGUCCCUUGCAGAGCUGCGGUGGGCUUGUGGGCCCUGGCUAUGGCGCUGGUGGUUGAUUGCUACACCAAGAAUCCGAACAGCAAGGAUGCAGCCCUGAUGGAAGCUGCUCGAGCCAACAAUGUACCAGAAGUUACCAGACUGUUGUCAGAAGGCGCAGAUGUCAAUGCAAGGCACAAACUUGGGUGGACAGCACUAAUGGUGGCAGCCAUUAGCCGUAAUGACAGUGUGGUACAGGUCCUGCUUGCUGCUGGGGCUGAUCCAAACCUUGGGGAUGAUUUUAGCAGUGUCUACAAGACAGCCAAAGAGCAGGGAAUCCAUUCUUUGGAAGUCUUGGUCACCCGGGAAGAUGACUUUAACAACCGGUUGAACAACCGUGCCAGCUUCAAGGGUUGCACAGCCCUGCACUAUGCGGUCUUAGCUGAUGACUUCCGCACUGUCAAAGAGCUGCUUGAUGGAGGAGCUAACCCAGUGCAGAGGAAUGAAAUGGGACAUACUCCUAUGGAUUAUGCCCGAGAAGGGGAGGUGAUGAAGCUUCUGAAGACUUCUGAGUCCAAGUACAUGGAAAAACAGCGGAAGCGUGAGGCUGAGGAGCGGCGCCGCUUUCCCCUGGAGCAGCGACUAAAGGAGCACAUCAUUGGCCAAGAGAGUGCCAUCGCCACUGUGGGGGCUGCAAUCCGGAGGAAAGAGAAUGGCUGGUACGAUGAAGAACACCCUCUGGUCUUCCUCUUCUUGGGAUCAUCUGGAAUAGGAAAAACAGAACUGGCCAAGCAGACAGCCAAGUAUAUGCACAAAGAUGCCAAAAAGGGCUUCAUCCGGCUGGACAUGUCUGAGUUCCAGGAGCGACACGAGGUGGCCAAGUUUAUUGGGUCUCCACCAGGCUACAUUGGCCACGAGGAGGGUGGCCAGCUGACCAAAAAGUUGAAGCAGUGCCCCAAUGCUGUGGUGCUCUUCGAUGAAGUGGACAAGGCCCACCCGGAUGUGCUCACCAUCAUGCUGCAGCUGUUUGAUGAGGGCCGGCUGACAGAUGGGAAGGGGAAGACCAUUGACUGUAAGGACGCCAUCUUCAUCAUGACCUCCAAUGUGGCCAGUGAAGAGAUUGCACAGCAUGCGCUACAGCUGAGGCAAGAAGCUUUGGAGUUGAGCCGUAACCGCAUUGCCGAAAACCUUGGGGACGUCCAGAUGAGUGACAAGAUCACCAUCUCAAAGAACUUCAAGGAGAAUGUGAUCCGCCCCAUCCUGAAAGCUCACUUCCGGAGGGAUGAGUUUCUAGGAAGGAUCAAUGAGAUCGUCUACUUUCUUCCCUUCUGCCACUCAGAGCUCAUCCAGCUAGUCAACAAGGAACUGAACUUUUGGGCUAAGAGAGCCAAGCAAAGGCACAACAUCACAUUGCUGUGGGACCGCGAGGUGGCAGAUGUGUUGGUUGAUGGCUACAAUGUACACUAUGGUGCCCGUUCCAUCAAGCACGAGGUAGAGCGCCGUGUGGUCAACCAGCUGGCAGCAGCCUAUGAGCAGGACCUGCUACCAGGGGGCUGCACCCUGCGCAUCACUGUGGAGGACUCAGACAAGCAGCUGCUCAAGAGCCCUGAAAUGCCCUCACCCCAGGCUGAGAAGCGUCUGCCCAAGCUGCGGCUGGAGAUCAUCGAUAAGGACAGCAAGACCCGAAAACUAGACAUCCGGGCACCACUCCAUCCUGAGAAGGUGUGCCACACCAUCUAGCUACCACCUGCCCGUGUGUGCCCUGAACACCCAAUAAAGGCCCCUCACUGUGGCAUGGCAACUGACCUCCCUUCCCUGUGCCUUCCCUAAGCGCUGCUGCCCUGCUCACAGCCCCAGUGGAGUGCGUCUGACCUCUCCUAUCUUGGUUGUUGGCCCAUUGGGUAGCAGCCCCAGUCUCCAGGAGAGGAGCUACUUCUUGGCCCUCCAAGCAAAGAACAGCAAGGUCCCUGACCUGUGCUUCUGCAUGGUUCUAGUGCCUGAAGCCACUGGAACUCACUCUAUCAUGUUCCCAGAUACUCUGUACAGCAGCUAGGCCGAGAUCUGGCUGGAAGAAGACGGACCAGGCCAGGACACACCAUCCUUGCUGUUGCUCAUGUAGUAAAGACCCAGGUGUCAUGGGAGUGGGGAGUUGAGUACAGAGGCGCAGGCACAGAGUUCUCUCAUUUUGUCUUUAGCUACCUCUGUGCUGUGCCCUAACAUUCGGAGGCAAAGGGACACACAGAGCUUCCCCAGCCCUGAGAUGCGGCCAGCCUAGAGUACCUGAGCCGCCCGCCUAGGUUGUUACCCCAUGCUGCUCGGCUGCUAGACAGCAGUCCCACAAGACCCAGUAAGCUCAACUUUGAGGGGCUAUCAGGCAUGUGGGAGUGGGGAGGGAAGGGGAGAGGAGGGGGUGGCCAGUGGAUCGGGAUUUGCGCAGGUGGCCCUUGAGCUGCCUCAGUACUGUCUGAACUGCCGUCCCAGCUCAGGGAGCCACUAUGUUAACAGUUUUGGACACCAUGGUCCAUAAGGAAGGCAGGACACAGCAAGGCCUGGUGCAUCCCCGGACACCACCCACAGUGGCCUCCGCUAACCAUUCCAUCCACUCUGUGUGGUGUCAGCUAAUCUUUCAGAAAGCAGAGAAUGGGAGGGAAUUGGUGCCUUGUGUGGAAGAAGACUAUCAGAACAGGGUCAGGGCAGUCAGAAUCCAGGACAUGGCCUAUAGACAGGAAGAGUCUGGCUCAAGUGAUAGAAUGCCAGCCUUGAGGAGAAAAAGUAAAUCACACA